CGCUCUUGUACCGUCAUCUGCGACUGGACUCGUCCUCUCACUCGCCUAAGCUCAGAUUUGCGAGGAAUCGACCCACUUUGGGAAAGCACCUACGAUUGGUGGCUCCUCCCUUCCUACGCUUUCCUCAAUCUCCGCACCGUAGGAGAAAGGCACCAAGAGCAGAACGAAGCGCCUAUCCGUAUUGCUACUGUAGUUACCUUAGGUAUUGCACGCACCACUCCAUACCAGACCACCACACACGUCGGCACGGUCAUUCAUCAAUCGCAUCACUGCAUUCGAAUUCUGCCCACUUCAACCCCCCGACCGAACCACCACCCACCCACGCCAAGUUCGCCAACACCACUCUUCCAUCCGCACAACUGCUUCAACAAGUGUCGUCUGCGUUGCCUCGAGCAGCCAGCGCACUGUCCGCUUCCUGCCUCACGAGUCGUUUUCCUUGUCCCAACAACCAAAACAACAAACCGCCUCCGACCCUGGCGGGCCCAACGAUAACCUCAUCCGCCCUCUGCGUUGGGCAUUGAUCGCCUGCAGCCCUCCCAGCCCCAGCCGAUCAUGUCCAACGAAGAGGUCUACGCCGUGGCCAACGGUGACACUAUCGCCGUUGUGCCUCCGAAGCCCACCGGUUUGAACUCGCCGCCCGACAGCAACAAUGCCAUGAAGCUCGACGGCAGCGAUUCAGAGCUCAGCGACCUCGACGAUGCAAUCGCCGCGGAUCUCCAGGCCGCCCGGCCAGACGGUUCCGCAACCACCGCGCCUGCUCCGACCGCUUCCGAGCCCGGACCCGAACCCAAGAUCGAUAUCGGCGAGGUGUUGCCCGCCGAGUAUUCGGGUACCGUGCCUGUCUUCAGACCGACCAUGGAGCAGUUUCGCGAUUUCAAGCUCUUUAUGGAAAAGGUGAACCCUUACGGCAUGAAGUCUGGUAUCAUCAAGAUCGUACCGCCGCAGGAAUGGAGAGACUCCCUGCCACCGAUCGAUGAUCUCGUCAAGACCAUCCGAGUACGCGAACCCAUCAAACAAGACAUCAUGGGUUCCAAUGGAACGUACCGCCAGGUCAAUGUGCUGCACCAACGCUCCUACAACCUACCACAGUGGAGACAGCUAUGCGACCAGAGCGAGCAUCAACCUCCCGCACGCAGAGGAGAGCGUCGUGCCAAUGCAGAGAAGCCGAAGCCUGCGCCGAGGUCGAAGCCUGCUGCGUCCGCCACCAGCAACGGUACCACGACUACCACAAGGGGACGUCCCCGCGGUCGCCGCGGGCGUGGAGGUCGUGGCAAGAGCGUUGCCAGCACGAGGAGAGAGUCCACGGUCGAGUCUGAGACGAGGCCCAUGACUCCCGAAUCCCCGACCGGCGAGGAACACACAAUUGCCGAAUCAGUCGAAAACGAACCCGGUAUCAAGAUCGAGGAAGAUGAAGAUGAUGCGCCUGUGAUGCCUAGACGGAUGGGAGCUGUCAGUGGCGGCAAGGGAAAGGUUCAGUCCACUUCGGCUCGGCGCAAGUAUAUCCGACGUGAGGGAUCUGCCAUGAUCGACGAGGCUGCCUUCAAGGAUUGGGACUAUCGCAUGGAUAUCUCGGAUUACACCCCGGAGCGUUGUGAAGAGUUGGAACGUACGUAUUGGAAGACUCUCACGUACGCCCAGCCACUGUACGGAGCCGAUCUGGCUGGUACCCUUUUCCAUGAAGACACCGAAUUGUGGAACCUAAACAAACUUCCCAACCUACUCGACGUUCUUGGAACCAAGGUCCCGGGUGUCAACACCGCCUAUCUUUACUUGGGAAUGUGGAAGGCCACUUUUGCCUGGCACUUGGAGGAUGUCGAUCUCUACAGCAUCAAUUACCUUCACUUUGGCGCCCCUAAGCAGUGGUACAGCAUCUCGCAGGCCGACGCGCGUCGCUUCGAAGCCGCCAUGAAAAACAUUUGGCCAACUGAGGCCAAGGCUUGCGACCAGUUCUUGCGGCACAAAGCCUUCCUCAUCUCGCCCUCCCACCUGCAGCAGUACUACAACAUCAAGGUCAACAAAUGCCUGUCCUACCCAGGAGAGUUCGUCGUCACUUAUCCUUAUGGAUACCACUCCGGCUACAAUCUAGGAUAUAACUGCGCCGAGGCUGUCAACUUUGCCUUGGACUCGUGGCUUCCCAUGGGCAAGAUUGCCAAGAAGUGCGAGUGUGCUCAAGCCCAGGACAGCGUUUGGGUUGAUGUUUACGAGAUCGAACGCAAGAUGCGCGGGGAAUCAACCGAGUAUGAGGAAACGGAAGAUGAAGACGAGGAAGAUGAAGAGGAUGACGAUGUGUCGAUGGCUGGCCUGCCCACUCCACCAUCGAGCCUCAUGGUCCGCGUCAAGGCUCGGGGUCGCAAGCGCAAGCGAACCGGGGCAGAUGCCGAAGACAGACCCAAAGUCAAGAGGAUACGGCUUCGCAUCAGAUCGCAUGUGGAGCCGCCCUGCUGUCUCUGUCCUAACAGUAUCCCGGGCGCCGAGAUUCUUCCCACGGAUGAUGGUCGCAAGGCCCAUCGUCUUUGUGCGCUCUAUCUGCCGGAACCUUUUAUUGAGGUUGUCGACAAUCAAGAAGUUAUUGCCAACGUCGCCAAUAUCGCCAAGGCAAGACUGGAGCUGAAGUGCCUCUACUGCCGUUCGAAGAAGGGUGCAUGUUUCCAGUGCUCCCAGAAAAAAUGCCCCAGAUCUUACCACGCCACUUGCGCGGCUGCUGCUGGCGUUUUCGUUGAAGAAGGCGAGGUCCCCAUCUUUGGUGAGGAUGGUACCGAGUAUAAAGAGCAGGCUUUCGAAUUCAGCUGCCGUUUCCACCGCAACAAGCGGGACAAGAAAUUGGAUGGUCCCGCUCUGGAAAUUAACACACGUGUCAGAGACGCCGCUUCAGCCCUCAAGGUUGGGGAGACAUGUCAAGUACAAUACUAUCGCGGGGAAAUCUUCGCGGGUGUCGUUGCCGAAAAUCGCCCAGACGAAGAAACUCUCCUACUUGACAUCAUCCCCAAUGGGUACGACACCCCAAGUUCAAAGAAGGAUAGGAACAGCAGACUAACCCAACAUAGCGAUCGUGUCGAGGUUGAAUGGAAGUGGAUCUUGGUUCCCGAUCCUUCCGAAUUCCGCUUGCCCAAGGCCUCACCGAACGCGCAGCCCAUGCCAACGUCGAAAAAGGCUCAGGCUGAGAUUCACGCUACCAAGCGGGCAGGAGAGGAGCGGCCAAGGGCAGACGAUAUGUUUGCCGAGGGUUUCAGGUGGGCAGAGUUCCAUACCUGCGACAAGGACGAGUUCAAGAAUGCGCCACAGGGCAAGGUCGACUUGUCCAAGGAGUGUCAGGUGUGGCAUUAUCUUGGCAAGACAUCCACAGAUCUUCGACCACAGUACACCGAAGACCUUGCCCGUCCUCAGCAUAACCCGAAGAGCAGCUUCUUGGAGUCUAUCUCCAAGCCGACCCCGCCUCGCCGCCUGUCGAUAACUUCAACUUCUUCUGCUGAACCUCGCAGGUCUUACACUCCGAUUCCUCUUCCCAAACUCCCUCCCGGCGCUCUCAAGACCGAGAAGCCGUACGUGUACAAACCCCGCAAGUCGAUCUACGAGUCGCAAUUCUCGCCACAGACCUUUGCCCCCAAGAACCCUAUGCCCCCUCCCGCUUCGCCGUCUUCCCAGCCACCAGCUGGAUCCGACCCGCGAUUCAAAGUGCCUUCUGCCCCCGCUUCUAGUACCACUUCUGCCGCUGCCGCCCCAACUGCGAUUUCAGGAAACGCUACCACGACCACCAACACAACUCAAGCCAACGCUUCCACUGCUCCAACCCCUUCCACGUAUGUAUCCCCCUACACCUCGUCGAAUGCCACAGCCGCGAAUACAGCGCGCCCGGCUGUUGGUGCUCCGCUUGGGCCGCCCCCACCCAAAUCUACUUGGGCGAAGCCAGCAUUGCCAGCUUCUUCACGCCGACACACAGUGUCUGGCGGGGCUCCUCCCGUCCCGAGACGAAAUUCCCUGAGCGGUGUUCAACCGCCCGCGAGACCAACUCCUGCUGCUGGCGCCACUCCCAGACAGUCUAAAGUUCCACUACCACCUUAUGUACUCCAACAGCAGCAGAAGCAACAGCAGCCUCAACAGCAGCCGCAGCGCUCGCAGCUUUCUAGCGUAGCUCAGAAGUAUGCUUUCUUCCAGGUGAACCACAACAGGGACUCGUCAAGAUAUCGGACACCCUACGCCACCUGGGGUGGUUUCACCAAUGGCUACGAAGGUAGUCUGCAGCGGCAAUUGAUGAUAUCGACCACUCGUGCUCGCUCUCGAUCUACUGUCCAGCACCGACGUGGUAAUAGUUUCAACUUGGGUGGUGGGCUCACCGGACUGACCAAACCUGCGAGACAUCUCAAUUACAGCGACACAGAGGAUUCACUCGACCCCAUGGACACCUUCAAGUUUCCUAUGUCUGAACCAAGUUCUGUUCCCAACUCGGUUCCUCAGUCUCCAUCUUCAAUAUCGCUCGACUUUUCGAUGCCAUCUCCGCAUUUGACGGCAGCCACGGCACCUUCGCCCACCUUUCCUUCGCUGCCCGACACCUCACUUACCCUGUUCGAGCCAUGGGAUAGCGCACCCUCAGCCACUAGCCCAAUGUUCCCAUCGCCACAGUACGGAUCGAUGUGGCAGCAGCCUUUCAUCGGACCACUGAGCUUCAUGGAGUCAAUGUCUCAUACUCUUGGUCCAUUGGGGUCGAUGGGUCUGGGGCCCCUUGGUCCUAUGGGUUCCGGGUCUCAAGUGGGUUCUUUUGGGGGCUCGGCCGACGUUGUUUUCACAACGCCAGCAAUGACGAUGAAUCCCACAACGCCACCGCCCAUGAGUCCUUUGACGCAGCAUGUGCCAUCGACGCCACCAGGAUCCCGCGGGUCCCAGUUUGUUUCGGGGACUCCGUCGGUGCCAACGUCACCUGGAUCGUCGGUGACAACUUCGCAUCACCAAACGCCGGAGCAACAACUGAGGCAGCAGCUUCGCAGGAUCUCAGAUCCACCGCAGUCACCGUAUCGUUUCCGGUGUUUAAAUCAGCCGAGGUCGCGACAUAGGAGCCGCAGCUCUCUAAGCGGGUUCAACCAGUUGCAAGGCCAGAUUCUCAACCUGUACCCGUCACUGCCGAAUAACAACGUACCCAGCAGCACUUGAGAGGAGCUAUGAGAUGAGGUUACCCCGAGAGAGGAAUCAAAAACGGAUGACAGCGUUGGAAAGGGUGAGCCGAGCUGGAACACCUCGCCAAUGAGGCCACGCAGAAAGGCGGACGGUGAAAACGUGGCGCGGCCAUGAUGAGGAGGAUUGAAGAUUUACGACUGCAUGAGGAUACGAUGAUCUUUGGAUUAUGUCAGCGAAAGCAUCAGUUGCGCUGGACCAAAGAUUUCCAAAAAGAAAUCGAAAAGCAACGGGUAUCACAGGACAACUGAUCAUUGAACGAGGGUCAUUACUGACGAUUUUGGGGAUGAGAUGAGUUGCUGGAUCCGGCUGCAACGAACGUCCCACAGUCAAACAGCUUCUGCUUUUUGGGCCGUCGCCCAAGACCAGUACGCAGGACGGGCGCGAAUUGCAGCAUGGGGAGACUGGCGACCGCGCGAUUCAUUUGUUCAAGAGGGCCAUGAGGUCUGAGGACAAUGUCGACACUGCGGAAGAUGGCAGUGGAUUACAUCGCGAGAGUACGUGGAGGAACAGGUUCCGAGGCUUUGAUGGAUUGCCUUUUUGAGGAACCUGAUAUCUGCAGGAAAAGGGUAUCUCUCUUCUUGUGUGUUAUAACUAGAUAUGGCAGGACGUUGUGCGUCAAGGUGACCAGUGGAUGGGGGCAGGGACUUUUUUUCGACUGCUAGAGUCGGUCAUUCCAUUCUUGUCACUUGCUGCCCUUUUUGGGAGCAUUAUCAUUUGUGUGUCAUUUUUCCCCCUUCCCCAUCUACGACCACUUCACCAUGUGCUUCUUUCGCUGCCGCCCCUACCUCCCUGCCUUUUAUUCAACACUAUUGGGUUUAGAGGAGGAUCAGGAGGCUUCAUUCAUUUCUUUUCAAGGCGUUGAGGGCUCUAAACCUUCGAAAUCGAGCAAGAGGAGGCCGAUUACAUUAUGGUAGAAAACGGGAAGGUUUUUGGAAAGGCGACCCUGUGGAGGGCGCCUCGGCUAUACACAAAAGUUCUCAUUUUCGUUUGGAGGCCUUCUUUGUUUCUUGGCAAAAACAAGGCUCAAAGUGGUCUACCAGAGUCAAUUAUACAACGGGGCGAAAAGCGAACCCCAUUUAUUACUGAGCGAACAAAACAAACGUCCCCCACAGAAACGUGUUUAUGUAUAUUGAUAACUGUCCAGCCUUGUACUUCAAAGAGUUUCAGAGUUGCAGCCACCCGUCACUAUUAGUAGCAAACAUGUUUUUUAUAGGCCUG